AUGGGUCCCCGUAUCGAAGAACUUUUUGGUGCUGUCAACGACGAAUAUCUAUUGGAAUUGUGUAACAGCCUCGCUGGUAUGUCGGAAAGUGAAGUGGAAAACUUGCUACAAGAUGUAAAUAUUGACGAAGUGCUUCUUUCAAAUCCACUACCAAAAGAAACCAUCCCAAGUUUUGAAGAAAUUGUUCCCGAAACACUCUAUGGUAACACAAUUACACCUAUUGACUAUAAUAUUUUGAACCAAUUUGAUAUCAACUUGCUUGAUAACCAUGUGACCCCAAGUGAAAAUGCACCAAUAGAAAAUUCUUCUGAUAUAAACAAGUCACGAAAACGAAAACGUGAAAAUGCAAACGCUGAAGACGAAAUGGCUGAAUUUCUGCAAUUUAACCAAGUUAAACGUUCUAAACGCAGACCUGUCUUUAGUAAAGCACAAAUUGCUGUACUUGAAACGGCAUUUGCUGAAGACAAAUACGUUAAUAAAAAAAGACAAGCUUAUUUAUCACAAAAAGCUUGCAUGUCCGCGAAUUCUGUCAGGAUGUGGUUCCAGAACCGAAGGACAAAACUUAAAAACGCUAAACCCCCACGUGUUGAAGACUAUUCCAAAGCUUAUGUUUUUGUUAACGGAGGAUAUGUGAAAGUGAUGACUUUGAUGGAAAUGGAAGAAAAGAACAAAGAAAACUGUAAUAUUGUAAAUUUUUAA